UCCAGGAAGUAUUUUUGUUACUGAAGGCGGAAGCAUAUAUUCCACAGAAGCUGGAAGUCUUUUAGUGGAACGGGAGAAAACGCUGUUAACGAGAAAUAACAUCGUUAUAAGUCACUCUACACACGGUACAGCGAAUCUUGUUUUUUCGUUUUCGGCUUGCCUGGAUCACCGCUGUUUUUGUCGCCCCGGAGUGUGAUUUCUGACCUCGCUCACAAUCGGUGCGUGGACUUCCAACCCUUCUCAAACUCCGAGUAUUUAGUUUGUUUCCUAACAGUCUCUGUCAAUGGCUGGACGUGGUGGUGGAGGAGCAAACAGGCCUAAUGGUGCUGCAGCAGCAAAUAAAAUCUGCCAGUUCAAGCUGGUCCUGCUGGGGGAGUCAGCGGUGGGGAAGUCGAGCUUAGUGCUGCGCUUUGUCAAAGGGCAGUUCCACGAAUUCCAGGAGAGCACCAUUGGAGCUGCUUUCCUCACUCAGACUGUCUGCCUUGACGACACCACUGUGAAGUUUGAGAUCUGGGACACAGCGGGUCAGGAGCGCUACCACAGCCUGGCUCCAAUGUACUACAGAGGGGCUCAAGCAGCGAUUGUGGUCUAUGACAUUACCAACACAGACACUUUUGAUCGUGCGAAAAAUUGGGUGAAGGAGCUUCAAAGGCAGGCCAGUCCCAACAUAGUGAUCGCUCUGGCUGGCAACAAAGCGGACAUCGCAAACAAAAGAGCUGUCGAGUUUCAGGAGGCACAAGCCUAUGCCGAUGACAACAGUCUGCUUUUUAUGGAGACCUCAGCCAAGACCGCUAUGAAUGUCAAUGAAAUUUUCAUGGCUAUAGCGAAGAAGCUACCGAAGAGCGAGCCCCAGGGUACAGCUGGACAAGGUGGGCGGACAAGGACAGGAGUAGAUCUAGAACAAACUAACCCUCAGGGGAGCAGCAGCAGCCGGUGCUGCGGCGGCAACUAAGAAGCAAGAAAAAACGAACUUGGUGAACGAGCCCUGAACAUCAUUUUAAGGACAGCAUGUAGCAAAAAGCCAGAGAGGCAGGAGAGGGCAGAACCACUCGCCACUUCCACACUGAGAUUACAGAUGAGAUUAUCUGCAUCCCGUUUGAUUAAAGGAACUUUUGUAAAGCAAAUCAUAAGCUAGAGGGAAUUCCCAAGAUCCCUCACUAUUCCUUCUCUGUCUUUCCCUUCUGUGUCUGUCCGCCUCCCUGUUGAUCUUUAGCAUCUCUCUGAUGAUCGAAUGCUGUUAUAAAUGAUUUUGAAGCAUGAUGCUGAGGUUGUUGGAAUUGUUGGAGUGUGUGUGUGCGCGCGCGUGUGUUUGUGUGUAUGUGUGUGUGUGUGUAGAAUAUGUAUAUUUAUAUAUGCACACACGUUUUCUACUCCUGUCAUUUGCCUAUAUUCAGUGGGGGAAAAAAGUACCCAAAAAUAUUAAUCCUUAAAUUACAAAUGGUAGAGCGAUUUAAUCUUUUUGUCGUAAUGCAGCAUAAGCACCUGACAUUAGCAUGUGUAAGUUAUCUUGAUAGUGACAGGUGACAUUUUGGAGUUAGCAGUUAGCCCUUGUAUAAAAUCAUCUGACCGUGUCCUGACGUUGUCUCUAUAUGCAGGUUGGUUGGUUAGUUCCCAAGUUAAAGAUGGAUCUUUUAUCUUUGCAAGUUGGCCAUCUUUGUGUCCAGAAAUUAAUAUUAUCUAUUUCUGGAAAGAGGAGAUAGAAGACUUUGAAGGUUCUGCUUAACAUUUCAGUUUAAUGAUGUGAGCAGGAAGAGGCAGAACUUGAAGGGUAGAUGAUUUUAUUUAACUUAAUGUUGUUAGGCUGCUCUAACUGCAUUUACACUAACAGAUCUAAUCAGAGUGCAAGCCAAGCACCUCUAAAUGUGCCCUGGAUUGUCUGAUUACAUACCAAUCACAGUGCAUAAAAUUACACCUGCAUUCCUUAUACUUUCCCAUCAUUAAAUUAUCUAGUUGCAGAUCACAUUGUAAUGCCAGGUGUAGAGGUGGCUUUGGUUAUUCUUAAUAGGGAGUUGGGUGAGACUGUUAUAAUAAAAGCUCAAGACUUUGCUUGCUGAGGGUGGUCGUGAUUGGAGAGGCUACACUUCUGAAGAGGCUGUACCAUAAAUGCAGUUGUUUUCUUGCAUUGUUUUAUUGCUAACUGUAACACCGGAGAGUUGCUAGCCUUUUUUUUUUUUUUUUUAAAGAAAUGUGAAAUAACUUGUAAAUCUGAA